AUGGGGAUGCUAACGUUUGGUCGUUUCCUUAGCCGGCCUUACCCUCACCUCCGGGACGGUCCCACCCUCUUCUCCUUCCAACAACAGUUCCUGAUGGAGGAAUCAAGCGCCCACCAACGUCGGAAAUCCGACUCGGCAGUCGCGCCAGAGUCGGUGGCGUCGACACCGGGGGCUUAUGACUUGGAUAACCCUUUCUUGGAGGAGUUCGCUGACGGGGAUGAAUUCUACUCCCCUCCUCCUUCCCCAGGCAAGCUUUCGCGUAACGGUUCCUUCUCAAACAGCAGCUCGUACCAAGAAGAUUGGGAAACAUUCCCGCCUCUGGACAAGUUGACUAUAUUCGAUCUUCUCGACAACUUCCAGCUUACGCAGCGUCUGGAAAAAUGGCAACAUACAAUCAAUCUGCAGAAAGAGAAGGUGCGCAAGCAGCGUGAGAAGCUCCGAUCGACCGGGCAGAACGCCAGACAGCGGGUUGUGGGAGAGUGGAAGCGUCGAGUUCCGACCGCGGACGAGCGACUCGAUAGAUACCGAAAGCGCAUGAAGGCCGGGGUGGAGCGCCUGGGUAAACAGUGGAGCAAGACCGCCACUGUCACUCUUCGAGAGAAAGCCUCCUUCAUCGCGGGUGUGCUCAACAUCUUUAUUAGUGGCUACCUGAUCGGUGCUUGCCCCCAAUACUUCUAUCUCUGGUUUACCGCCCAGCUGGCGUACUUCAUGCCCAUCCGGUAUUAUACCUACCAUGCCAAGGGCUACCACUACUUCCUCGCCGAUCUGUGCUACUUCGUGAACAUGCUCUGUAUGCUGAGUCUGUGGGUUUUCCCUGGCUCGAAACGGCUGUUCUUGGGUACGUUUUGUUUGACGUUUGGAAACAACGCGGCGGCCAUCGCCAUGUGGCGGAACUCGCUGGUUUUCCAUAGUAUGGACAAAGUCGUCAGUCUAUUUAUUCACAUCAUGCCACCGGUCACGUUGCACUGCCUUGUUCACUUGACUCCAGUCGAGAUGCUCAAAGAGCGAUUCCCCGCAGUCUAUGCCAUCAAGUUCAGCAAGCCGGGUGACCCUGAGCAUUACUCGCUAUGGGCCAUGAUUAUCUGGUCUACUAUUCCAUACUUGGUUUGGCAGUUGGCAUACCAUUUCAUGAUCUCCGUGCGCCGUGCGGACAAGAUUGCGGCGGGACGCCCCACGAGCUUUACCUGGCUUCGCAAGUCAUACUCCAAGGCCUGGAUUGGACGGUUUGUCCUGAGCCUUCCGGAGGCACUGCAAGAACCGGCCUUUAUGCUGAUCCAAUACGUCUUUGCGCUUUCGACCAUGAUCCCAUCUCCCAUCUGGUUCUGGUACCGGAAUGCAAGCGGUAUUUACAUUUUCGCCUUAUUCGUGUGGAGUAUCCACAACGGCGCUACCUACUAUAUCGAUGUGUUUGGUAAGCGAUUCCAGAAGGAGCUGGACCAGCUGAAGAUGGAUGUUGCUCGGUGGCAAAGUUCUCCCGAUGGAGCAGCUAGCCCGUUCAUCUUCCCGGAGACUCCCGCUACUGUCGCCGCCGAUGCAUCCCGGACUCAUGCUCCUCUCGAGAAGCGAGGCAGUGUUGACAGGAUUCCUUUGUUGGAUGCCAACCUGGCUGCCUCGACUGCCUUCCGUGAUGCUGCCCGGGACACCGAUUCCACUGUUCGCGAGAGAACCUAA